UAUUUCUUCAAGUUUGUUUGCAGAGUUUAACUCCAUUAGGAAGGUGAACUAGAGACCAGCAACAACUGAAUAACAGAACUUCCACAGCGCUGUUUAACUCCAUUUGGAAGGUGAACUAGAGACCAGCAUCAACUGAAUAACAGAACUUCCACAGCGCUGUUUAACUCCAUUAGGAAGGUGAACUAGAGACCAGCAACAACUGAAUAACAGAACUUUCACAGCGCUGCCCGAGCCCUUCAGUUUCAGAACUUUUAGUUGCAUCAAAUUAGGAACUUUCACUGAAAACCACAACGCGUUUCCUCAUACACACACACACAGAAAGACAGAGACAGACAGAGAGAAGGGGACCAGACAGACUAACCCUCACCUUGUAGCCGGAAAGGUUGAGUCUUUCCCGGAGAUGAAGAUCCAGUUCGCUCCGCUAAACAUCCCACUGCGGAGGAGACUCCAGACAGCUGCUGUGCUGCAGUGGGUUUUCUCUUUCCUGGCGCUAGCCCAGUGCUGUCUAGCAGGCUAUGUGUUGCUAUGCGUCUCUGACUGGUGGGUUCUGGCUGCGCUGUAUGCUGGUUGGCUGUAUCUGGACAGGGACACACCCACCAGCGGGGGUCGGAGGUCAGAGUGGCUUCGGAACUGGAGCGUCUGGAAACACUUCAGAGACUACUUCCCUCUCAAUCUCAUAAAGAUGGUGGAUCUGGACCCUGGUUCUAACUACAUCUUUGGGUUCCACCCCCAUGGUGUUCUGGUGGCGGGGGGUUUUGGGAACUUCUGUACGGAGGCGUCAGGGUUCUCCUCGCUGUUCCCCGGGCUGACCCCCUACCUCCUGAUGCUGCCAUUCUGGUUCAGAGUACCCUUCUUUAGGGACUACAUCAUGUGUGGAGGUCUGGUAUCCAGUGAGAAAGCCAGCCUGUCCUACCUGCUCUCAGCUCCUAGAGGAGGUAAUGUGGCGGUGGUGGCUAUAGGGGGCGCUCCAGAGGCUCUAGACGCCCGACCGGGAGCUCUCACCCUUCAGAUUCUACACCGCAAGGGAUUCAUCAAACUGGCACUAAAACACGGGGCUCAGUUAGUACCUGUGUUCUCCUUUGGGGAGAAUGAGCUCUUCGACCAGAUGACCAACCCUACCGGCUCGCCGCUCCGCUGGCUACAGGACCACCUGCAAAGGCUCAUGGGAGUGGCACUGCCGCUGUUCACCGGGAGAGGAGUGUUCCAGUACAGCUUUGGUCUACUGCCCUACAGACAGCCCAUACACACUGUUGUGGGUAGGCCUAUUCCAGUGGUCCAGACCCCCUCUCCCACUAAGGAUGAUAUAGACGGUCUCCAUUCUCUCUACCUGAAGGGCCUCACUACGGUGUUUGAAGACAACAAGGACAACUACGGCAUUGCACCAGACAAACACCUCCACUUCAUCUAGACAUCUAUGUGAAGAGUUGUUCACACGUAUAAUCAGAAAAAAAACUAGAUUUACAGAUUAACCCAAAGAUGCUGCAACACCUUCUAGGUCAGAGUUCUAGCUUUUUGUUCUACUGUUAUUGACUUGUUUAUUGUUUACUCCAUGUGUAACUCUGUGUUGUUGUCUGUUCACACUGCUAUGCUUUAUCUUGGCCAGGUCAGAGUUACAAAUGAGAACUUGUUCUCAACUAGCCUACCUGGUUAAAUAAAGGUGUUCUCAACUAGCCUACCUGGUUAAAUAAAGGUGUUCUCAACUAGCCUACCUGGUUAAAUAAAGGUGAAAUAAAAUGUUUAAAAAAGCUGGAGGUUAGGGUUCUGUAGAGUUUUAUAAAACAUCACAAUACAUUGCUGAGCGUUCGAUUUGCCUGCUGUGGGGCAAGGAGACCCUCAGCUCUGCUAAAACCACUGACAACUGUGUGCCAUUUUCAAGGAAUUGUUAAAUAAAUGUUGUAAUAUCAGUAUCUCUUGAAGAGCUUAGUCAGAACAACAAAUGUCAGAUUAUUGCAUGCAAAACUAUUGCACACACGUAGCUCUAUCAUCAGAGUUAUACAGCAAGUAACUGCUUUCAUGAUCAGUAAACAUCAAUGAUCAUGUAGUUUCAGAUACGGGAGGGUAGCCUAUCUAUGUCUCAAUAUUGGCACCCGUUUAUUGGAUAUUUGAGGGAUAUGAACAAAAACUUAACAAAAAUAUCAUUGCAACAUGUAAAGUGUUGGUUUCAUGAGCUAAAAUAAAAGAUCACAGAAAUGUUCCAUACAAACAAAUAUAUUAUUUCUCAAAUGUUGUGGACACAUUUGUUUACCUCCCUGCUAGUGAGUGUUUUUCAUUUGCCACGAUAAUCCAUCCACCUGUCAGGCAUAUCAAGAAACGGAUUAAACGGCAUGCCAAUUACACAAAAUGGCAGCAGAAGAAAUGGCAGCAUUAAUGGCGCCUAACCAAUUGUGCUGUUAUGAGGGGGGUUUUCACGUCAUUUGUGACUUAUUUUGUACAUAAUGUUUCUGCCAUCGUAUUUUACGGCAAAAAAGAGCUUCUGGAUAUCAGGACAGAGAUCACUCACCUCGGAUUAGACAAAGAGCUUCUGGAUAUCAGGACAGUGAUCACUC